AUUUCAUUUGCAUUUAUAUCUGUUAUAGUUUGGGGUUUUUAAUAUCUUCAGAAAAUGGCCCCGUCACGCAAACGAGAGAAGAAGAAGACUGUCACGAAUGAGGUGAUCACAAAGGAAUGUACAAUCCACAUCCACAAGAGGAUACAUGGCAUUGGAUUCAAGAAAAGGGCUCCACGAGCUGUGAAGGAAAUUCGUAAAUUUGCCGAAAAGAUGAUGGGUACACCCGAUGUUAGGAUUGACACGCAGCUCAACAAACACAUCUGGUCACAGGGCAUAAGGAACGUACCAUACAGAGUUCGGGUCCGUCUGGCCAGGAAGCGUAAUGAAGAUGAAGAUUCUGUUAAUAGACUGUAUACUCAUGUCACCUACGUUGUUUGUCCAGAAUUCAAAGGAAAACAGACCCUUAACGUGGAGUCAAACUGAAUGUGACAAAAGACAAAG